UGCUCCAAAGCACCAGUGUGAUUCUAGCGUGCAAAUGGCUUAAAAGGAAACUGGCUCCUACGACUAUCCCUCGCCCCUAACGAGAUGCACUGUUGGCAAGAUUAAGCGUGUGUUGUGAAAUUUAGCUGUGCGCUACGUUAGCGUUAGGUAGCUGCGUUCGAUGAAGCUGGUCCGAGAUAGAAUACACCUGUACGAUCCGAUACAAACAAAAUGACAUGGACAAGGGGGUGAAGCUAGUCGAUAUUGGUGGGUGCGUUAUUUUGUGCGUAUGUGCGUGUGUAUCAGUGCUUCCAGCAGCUAGCGAACGACGAUACGAAAAAAUGUUCAUCUAGCAUAGCAAUGUUGUUGAAUUUUGUUGAUUCAACAUAAUAGUUUUGUUCCAAGGUUUGGUGCAACAUCUAUUACGCGGACUACUGAAACCAUUCGUUUAAAAUGCAAAACCGAUUUGUUAGUGUGUAGACAGUUGUGUCUAACGUCUCAAUGAACACUUAAAUACCAACCAUUUCACGAGAAAUAAUUGUUGAGUGCAUCGUUUGUUCUGUAUCCGUUUCUUUAUCCCUAUCGAUAUUGCACAUUAGAUGCUUUGCUCGUAUAGUACCAUUGUCGGUAACACAUCUAUACACAAUGAUGCCACUCAACUUCUGUUCCGAUUCGGAGGAUGAUCCCGAGCGGACGCCAAAGUCGACAUCGGAAAACACCAUGUGGCACAACGUUAUCAGCUGCUAUAAUGAUACACGAACUCAUGUGGUGGUGGAGCUGUUCAACACCGAAAAGUCGUACGUAGAAUCACUACAAACGAUCGUACUGAAAUACCUUAAUCAACUAAAGUCUCCGGAAAAUGCUGGCCUAGUAGAUGUGCAGACGGUGGACGAGAUAUUCUUUAUGGUUCCGGCGAUUCUGAACAUCCACGCGAUUUUGGAGGAGUUGCGACGCCGAUUGGACUCCUGGGACAAGAUGCAAAUGAUUGGCGACGCGUUCGUAGACGUGUUUUCCCGACCGGUAAUACUCGACACGUACACCUCUUUCGUAAACAACUGGAAUAGAGCAAAGGAUGCAAUCCGUAGCACGCGACAAAAGUGUCCCGCAUUUGCAAGGUUUCUGGAAGCCAUGGCACGGGAACACAAGGGCAAACUCUCGCUGGACAACCUGCUGAUCAAACCCGUGCAAAAGUUUCCAAACUACGAACUUAUCUUCACAAGACUGAUUAAGCACACGGAUGUGACACACCCGGACCAGAAGCCGUUGCAGGAAGCGUUAAAGCUUGUACACGACAUACUUAUGUUUUUGAAUUGCAAGGAGAAGGAAGCGCUGGAGAAUGGGCAACGUGAAACGGCACUGCGUGAACUGGAGGGUGUGAUUGAGGGUAUGAACGACCUGGUGACGCCCGAGCGAGCCUUCCUGCUGUUCGACCUGGUGUCGAUGCCUUCGGGGCAGGUGACGCGCAAAGAGCGUGGCUUUUUCCUCUUCAACGACCUUCUGGUGAUAACGAGCAUCAAGCGAAGGAGUGGAACGAUACGAAAAACCAAUAUGACCUGUCCGGGCAGCGUUGCGUCGACGUUGGAUACGAACAAGUAUAAAUAUCUCACGAAGAUUUCGCUGGACGAUUUGGAAAUUGUGAAGUCUAAAGAUGAGAAUGUCAGACGCAUCAUGAAGGAGAUCGAACAUCUCACCGAGGAUAGUAGCAAGCUGAUCCAGAUUUCCGACCUAACCGCCAGCUUACGAUGUCCCCACGGGUCGUUGGAGGAGGCAAUCCGGGAGCUGCAGCGUGAAAUUCAGCGCCAGCUCGCAGAACGCCAAACCAACGAUGCGCAGCUGAAUGUGUUGGAGUUGACGUGGAACACUUCCAGUGGUAUCCAAAACAUGACGGUAGUGUUUUCGAAGCCCGAAAAACGCACCCAGUGGGAGGAGAUCUUUGCGGAGGCUAAGCAGAAACUGGCAAACAGUGUGGAGCGAUGCCAAAUACCGGAGUUUUUCGUAUCCGUGCCGAUCCGCAAGACACGGGCCGGUCUGCAAUUCACCUGUGCCUCGCCGACGCUCGGCGUGCAGAAGGACGUGUGGGUGUGCAACAGCGAUGGGUACGUGGGUCAGGUGUGUGUGCUCAGCCUAGUGCCAGAACCGUCCGUAACGAGCUGUAACGGUGUGUGCAAUGCACGCAUACUGUGCGUCUCGUCGGUGCCGGCAAGUGAAGAAGGUGUACCAAACUCAUCCUUGCUGAACGUCAAUAUAGCAAUCGUGGAUGCGUCUGUUAACAGCGGCGUAUCGAACAGACCGAACAACGCUACCGUUGCUAGCUCCCCUUCCAAAGUGGUCGAACGUAAGGGUUCGUUCAAAUCAUCCGAAAGUAGUAGCAGCAGUACACCACGGGCGUUAAUCAACAACGACUCCAACGUUCAGCUCGAUUCCGGCAGCUCUAGUGAAGAAUCGGACGCCGAAAGUCAGCCGGAACGUGUUGCGUCGAAUCAGUCGUGCGCUACCAGCGCUUCCCUAACGCCAAACCACCGACAGCAGGAUUCGACGGCUAGCACGAACGCAGCCGAGGAGACGGAAAAUCAGCAAUCGACCAUGUGGCUGGGCACCGAGGACGGUUGCAUACACGUGUACAACUGCACCGACAACAUUCGGAUCAAGAAGAACAAGAUAAAGAUACCGCACGUGAGUGCAGUGUACUCGAUCCUGUACCUAGAUAAUCGUGUCUUUGUAUCCCUUGCGAACGGUGAUAUUUGCGUGUAUUCAAGGGAUCGAACUGGUUGGAAUGUCUCAUCUCCACUGACGGUGACAGUCGGUACAGUGAGCAAUCCCGUCGUGAAGCUGCUUAACGUACACGGGAAGCUGUGGUGCGCAAUACAGGGAACUAUAAAAGUAUUAAACACGAAAACUUUACAAAUCGACAGCCAAAUUCAAAUAUCGAACGACUCCAAGCCAAUCACAAAUAUGACAGUAUUAAACGACUACGUGUGGAUUUCUGUGCAGAACUCUGCCCACAUCAAAUGUUGCCAUCACGAAAGCUUUGAGAUAAUUUUUGAGGUAAACUUAGCACCCUCCGUGAACAAGAUGCUCUCGAACUGUGAUGACAUCAUCCGGCAGCAUAAAGCCGCCUGUCUGCGGGUGACCUCGCUGCUGGCUUGCAAGGACCUAAUCUGGGUCGGCACCAGUGCCGGUGUACUGCUCACGAUAGGCGCUCACAACGUUGCCAAAGGAUCAUCGAUGCCGGCAGUGACAGGUCUUCCUCACGGCCAUACGGGGCAUGUGCGGUUUUUGACGUUUGUCGAAUCGCCGGACGGGGACAAUGCAGAGCUGUUGGCAUCGGAAGGAUGCAUCCCGUCUGGCGGUGGACCAUCGACUCAGCCGGGCGGAAAGUCUAACAAAGCGUCCCAACAGCAAGACCUGCUGGUUAUAUCCGGCGGCGACGGGUACGAGGACUUUCGAAGCGCAGGGAACAACACGCUGAGUGAGGUGGCGGGUCGCGAAGACAGCACCAAUCACCUGUUGCUCUGGAAGGUGUGAAAUCCUGCGCUGAAAAGUGACUCGUUCCACUAGUUUGUUGUUUUUCUUUUGUAACCUUUGUUUGAAUACCAGAGCACUAGGAAGGCUCCAAAAAGGUAUCUCCGGGUGGCAUCAGUGACGAUGCAAUUUUUUGUUUUGUUGUGAUGCAAGCUGGUCUUGCAGAUUUGUUUUGCCAUUUUGUGUUGCUUAGGCCUCGUUUCAACCGCCACACGGUGGGGUAUGUGAAGCCUUUUUUUAACGAUUUUGAAACCAAGUGCAUGUAGCAAGCACAGUUGCUAUUGCCACAAGACAAUAAGAACACGAUGAUGUCAACUAACUGUGCAUAAACAUCCAAGGGGCAAAGGUAAAGGUGUGUGCAUUGGGUCGCUUUCGCCCCGCACCUGGAUACCGGUUCCUGUUCGUUAGCCACACGCGCUGACUGCACUAUUCCAGUGUACUUGUGCGAAUAUUAUCGUACGCCCAAGUACACCGUUGUGCUUAGCCCGUUUUGUUUUUGAGUGUAUUAGCCAAGAUAGAAUCCUUCUCGUAUUAUUGUAGCCUAUUGCAAACAGAUAAAAGUUACCGGCAUCAACGUUAGAUAUUCCGCUGCUAUAAUUAAAUAAGCCUUUUCCGUUGUUUCGUUUCGUGUAUCGAGCGUCAUCUGUGCACAAUUUUAACUAUCGAUCAUACCCUCCCUCAUAAUACAUAGUACAGUGUGUAAGACUAUCAAUAUAUAUAUAGUAGCACCUAACACUGUACCGUGACUAUUUAUAAACCAUGUUUAUAAUUGUAAAAACACAUACGCGGCCCGAUGAGUAAACGUACGUGCUUUUGGGAACGUAGCAAGAAACAUGGACGAUGAGCGUCAUAGGCGCCAAUCCAAUCCAAAAUUGAAUCAGUUAACAGCCAAUUCGGAAGUGUGUAGGAAGAAGCCUUGCACUUCAGCUCGGGUGUGGUGUAAAUAUGAGAGUCCGCUAGUCCGAAACCCCAAGCAGCAUCAGGAGCCUGUACCCGGCUAGACGGGACUGGCCAAUGUGUGUAUACAUUCGUAACCGAAGUAAAAUGUAAUGGUAAAUAGAGGUAGAACAUUCGUACUGUGCGUUACGUUAUUUUUUGUGUUACACACAGCUCUUUAGAAAAAAAAACCAGCAAAUCAAGUCAUGACGGACCACGUCUGGAAAAGGGGGUGCAAGUAGCAGUGCAUCACGGUGAAGGCAAGCAGCAUGGCUGCGUUUGAAAACGUAAAGAAUUGCCCUACCCACUACCCACUGCUGGGGUCUUACUUACGCAUACAAAGUAUUCCAGAAUGAUGAUUCAUUUGUAACGCCAUAAUAACACGAAAACUGCACCGAUUGCAAUUUCGAGCAUGAAUAGAUGAAUUAAAAGGUAAACAAAUGCGAUGUGUAAACAUAUUGAUAUAGGCAUAUUAUAUUGAAACUCCCUUUAACAAUACACUCACAAGAUUAUUGUGACGAAGAGAAAAUGUAAUUCUGACUGUUAGUGUUUGCAAAGUGCUUUGCUCCGUCAGUAGUAGUGUUGUCCUAGCACUAGUGUGGAGAUUUAUUGUCAUUUAUUUUUUUGGAGUAAUUUAAUCACUCACCUGUAAACACAACAAACAUGCUACGUUACCGAACAAUUAGCCAACAUGAUAUGAAAUCCUACGUUUACUUGUGCGAUAUAUAGUUUUUGUUUCUUGUAUCGUGUUUUUAUGUACAGUGUCACCCAUAACCAAGUGGCGAAAGCAACAUAAACUUGAAGGAAUAUUAUAAAGAAACCCCCCUCCGUGAAAUAGCCAGCACCAUAGUACGAUUUAUACUACAAUUAUAACCGAUACGUGACCAGCAAAAGUGAAGAAAGAAAGAGAAAAAAGGGCGGCGAAAUACAUUUUGUCGAAAUUGA